AUGGCCAACGAAGACCUCAUCACCGUCACCUACCAAGACCGAGUGGCUAUCAUCACCCUCAAUCGUCCCGACAAACUCAAUGCCCUCAACAUAGACCUCUACUACCUUCUCGGACAACGACUCCGAGAAGUCGACCAGAGAGACGACAUCUUCAUCACCGUACUGACCGGCACGGGCCGAUUUUUCUCUGCCGGCGCAGACGUAACCUCGACCCGCCCCGGCGGAGGCCUAGACAACGACGCCCGGCGCGAGAUCAUGCGCGGAUUCGUCGCCAACAACUUCGACAUCACACGGACAUUCGCCCACCACUCGAAGAUCCUCGUCGCCGCGCUCAACGGCCCCGCAGUCGGGCUCUCCGCCGCGCUCGUCGCCCUCGCCGACUUCGUCUACGCCGCCCCCCACACCUUCCUCCUAACCCCGUUCUCCUCGCUCGGCCUCGUCGCCGAAGGCGGCAGCUCCCGCGCCUUCGUCGAGCGCCUGGGCAUCGCCAAGGCCAACGAAGCGCUGAUCAUGAGCAAGCGACUGACCUGCGACGAGCUCGUAUCGACCGGCUUCGUGAACAAGGUGAUUGCGGCGCCAUCGGGCAAGCAGGACGACUCGGCCGGGUUCCUGGCCAAGGUGUUAGAGGAGGUGGAGGAUCGGCUGGGCACGCAUCUGAGUCAGACCAGUUUGCUGAAGAUCAAGGAGUUGGUGCGGCGGCCGGAGCGCGAGAUCCUGGAUCGCCAGAAUGGGAUCGAGGUGUUUGCGGGGAUGGAGCGGUUCCUGAGUGGGGGGCCGCAGGAGGAGUUUAGGCGGUUGGCGUCGGGGGAGAAGAAGCAUAAGCUGUGA